CUUUACCUGUUCAACUACUUGGACCGAAACAAUAUUGCGCAAGCAAGACUCAGUAGUUUUGAGGAAGAUCUUGGCCUCACCAAGAACCAGUUCAAUGUGGCAGUGUCAAUUCUGAACGUCGGUUACAUGCUCAUGCAGCUUCCCAGUAAUAUGCUUCUCACCCGAACUCGGCCCUCGCUUUACAUCCCUUUCUGGACAGCUCUUUGGUCCAUCAUUUCCGCCGCCACGGCUGCGGCCGACAACUACACCCAUCUGAUCGUUAUCCGUUUCUUCCUCGGUAUCGCCGAGGCUCCCUUCUUCCCGGGUGUCAUGUACCUUCUCAGCUGUUGGUACCCGCGCAAGGAAUUGGCCCGCCGAACAGCCGUUCUAUACUCCGGCGUGCUGCUGGCCACUGCAUUCUCUGGUCUUAUUGCCGCUGGUGUAUUUGCUGGGCUCUCUGACAAGCACGGUAUGGCUGGUUGGCAGUGGCUCUUUGUCAUCGAGGGAGCCGCCAGUUUUGCUGCCGCUAUCAUAGCUGUCUUGGUUCUUCCCGACUUUCCGGGGCAGAAGUCAGGUGGCGCCAAGUGGCUCCUGAGCGACCGUGAGCAAGCUGUUGCUGUGCACCGCAUUCAGGCUGACAGAGUAUCUGUUCCGGAUGGCGAAAGUGGUGCCUGGAACGGUCUCAAGUUAGCUGUGAAGGAUGUGAAGACCUGGGUUUUCGUCCUCAUGCUCACGGCCAACCAUAGUGCCUACGGCUUCAACAAUUUUUUCCCUACCAUCGUCAAAGGUUUCCACCUUGGCGAUCGCACCAUUACGCUUGUUCUGACUGCGCCCCCUUACCUUCUGGCCACCGCCACAGCUUUCUUCACUGCAUGGUCCAGCGACAGAACAGGCGACCGUGGAUACCACAUCUCUAUUCCUCAAGCUGUGGCCUGCGUCGGAUUCAUCAUCUCCGUUUCUACCCUGAACAACGCGGCACGCUACGUGGCUGCCUUCUUCUAUAUCUGUGGUUGUUUCUCAUCUAACGCCAUGGUGUUCAGCUGGGCCAGCGCCACUUUGAACCAGACGCCCGAGAAGAGAGCAUGUGCCACAGCUAUUAUCAAUCUUCUCAGUCAAUUCGGCAAUAUCUGGAGUCCCUAUUUCUUCCCGACAAGCGACAGGCCGCGCUUUGUCAUGGCUAAUAUCCUCAUGAUGUCGUUCUCUGCCCUCUCGGUAGUUACUUGCGUUAUCAUGAAAUGGAUGUUAACUAGAGCCAACAAAAAGCUUAUUGCUGAGGGAAAUGAUAGUAACUUAUUUAGGCUGUAG